UAUCAUAGUGGUCACUAUGGAUGGCAGUGCUUCCAACCAUUCCCUGGUGCAGGGGUGUCAUAAUGGUCACUAUGGAUGGCAGUGGUUCCACCCAUUCCCUGGUGCAGGGGUGUCAUAAUGGUCACAUGGAUGGCAGUGGUUCCACCCAUUCCCUGGUGCAGGGGUGUCAUAAUGGUCACAUGGAUGGCAGUGGUUCCACCCAUUCCCUGGUGCAGGGGUGUCAUAAUGGUCACAUGGAUGGCAGUGGUUCCACCCAUUCCCUGGUGCAGGGGUGUCAUAAUGGUCACUAUGGAUGGCAGUGGUUCCACCCAUUCCCUGGUGCAGGGGUAUCAUAAUGGUCACUAUGGAUGGCAGUGCUUCCAUCCAUUCCCUGGUGCAGGGGUAUCUAAUGGUCACUAUGGAUGGCAGUGCUUCCACCCAUUCCCUGGUGCAGGGGUAUCAUAAUGGUCACUAUGAAUGCCAGUGCUUCUUAGAGCACUGCAUAGGCCAUGAUUCUUGGCCUAGGCCAGGAACUUGUUCAAGUUUACCCGCCCAAACCCAGCCCGGUGACUAAAAGCGAGACCCAGGCCCAACCCAAACCCAAGAAAAAGUUUCGCCUACCCAGCCUGGCCCAGCCAGACCGCAAUUCGGGCCCGACAGGGGCUCGAACCACUAAUAUAGCUAGUGUUUCCCGAACAUGGAAUCGACAGCAAGGUGCGUUAUGUAGCAAAUAUCUACACUUUCUUGGCACAUGUUUCACUAACAAAUAUACAUUAACCUACGGUAAUUUCUCGUAAAAGGGGGCUCACGGUGGAAACAGUUGAGCUGAGAUGCUGUGUGCAGUGCAUGUUUUUCAGCAGUGGUAUACUGUACCUAUUUUCUGUGCAAAUACGAUGAGGAUCAAGGGCAUUUUGUAGCAGAUAAUAUUGCAGCAAGGAAAGUGAUAUGGAGCACGAGUUCAGUUUCAAUAUGGAGCGCAUUAACAGGAGACAGAGAACAGAAUGCCCUCUUCACUUUCUUUUUAUUGCACUCUCUGUUGAAAUUUAAACCAUGCUCUAAUGACAAAGCCGAUCGUGCACCCUUAUGGAUAUGUAGCACCUGUCUUCAGCAUAGUAGCACCUUGCCACAGGAAGAGAAAUAGAGGGAAAAAGCAAAAUACAGUAGACUGCCGUUAAGACGAACUCGAAGGGACCGCGGUCAUCUGUUCAUUUUAUCAGGUGUUCGGCUUAUCAGAAGUGCCCCCAAUAAAAGAGAUGCUAACAUACCAAGUGCAUCUAAAUAUGUUACUUGAAAACACUGAACGGAGUAGACUUACAAUGGGGGCAAAAAGACAAGAAAAAGCAUUUAUUUGGCUCAUCUAGAUAAGAACUAUGUCUUCAAGCAGAGUAUUACACGAAUCGUACGAGCACGUGAUUUCGCGGGUUCAAAAAUAAAAAAAGUUCAUGAAGACAUGAAGAUACUGCUACCACAUUUUAAAGGGACACUAAAGAGCAAAACGAUUUUUCUCGCAUUAGUAAAGUAGUCUUCCACGAUACCAAAAACACCACGCUUUCUGCGUGAAG